CCGGCCUACGUCCUGCUACAGAAACGGCGUGGAGCUAGACGGAGACGGUCGAUGGGCGACCCGCAAAGAGUGCCAAGGCAACCAGAUUACAUUUCUCUUGGCAAUGGGAUAUGUGGUGAUCAUUCUGGCAUGAAAAUCAACGAGUUGGUGGACAACAGUGUUGGUGAAGUCGGUGAGCGUGACGGUAAAGACAGUUCGGUGGUCAGACAGAAGAUGAGUCUAGUUUCGAUUCAAGAGCAGAAUAGAGUCAUUGGUGAGAAUCUCCACCAAAAUGAAAAUAUUGAAUUUCCGUUUGUUUCGACCGCUCAAAAAUUGAGUUAUCGCGCGAAAGUUCAGAAUCAGCUCGACGCUGCUUCUCGACAGCUGGAUCGUUUUAUUGCUACGUCGAAAUCAAUUGCUGAUGCUGCAGAGAGCUUUUGCAGAUCCGCGUUGAUGUCGACUCAAGUUGUGCAGAAAAACUUUGAUGCAUUGGCAGCCGAUUUAGCCGGGAAUCGAGAGCUUCUUCUUCAUUCUAUUGAGAAGAAACGAAGGAGUGUUAUUAGCAAACUAGAACGUCGAGCUGGUGAUAUAGCCAAAGUAACUCAUCAACUUGAGCGAGCAACUGAAUAUGCUGAGAGAGCUUUGUCUGAAGAUGACCUGUUGGGUAGUCAGUAUGGUGAAAUAAUGAAGACGCUUGCUGAGGCAAUGAUCAGACCAUGUGAGUGCUUAGUUGCAGCUCCUGAUCCUGACCAUCUUCAUGUCCUGUUUGAUGGAGAUUCAUUGCUGAUACUUAAGUCUCAAAUUCAGCGAUUCAGUUCAAUUGAAGGUGGAGCAGUUGAUAUCUCAUGCAAGUGCAAGUUGACUGACUCGGCGGGGUCGACUCAGACACCACUACCCCAAUCACCUGCACGUCGCCCAUCCAUUCUUCUAACUCCUUCCAGAAAGCGUGUAAAUAGCGAAGCAACGCGGUCGAAGUCGACAAACAAAGUCGUAAGAAUUAAUACAGAUAGGCCUGACUCGCAAUUGGACGAAGAGUGCAAACAGAAGUCUUUGGAAGAGCCAUUGACUCACGUGACUGCUCGCAAGUCGACGUCUGGAAAACUCGACGUCGUUCUUCCAAAAUUUCGGAGAUUUCGACCGUCACCAUCACCAACAGCAAAGACACCUACGGUAGCCACCAACUCGUCUGCCUCCCAUAUUGUGGAGAAGGACAACCAAGAUUCUUCCUCUCAGACUGAAUCAAGCAGAGAAUCGUCGGCUGAGAUAUCCCCAAACGAGGCCUCUGACACGAGGUCCCCAGCUUCACCAGGGGAGAAAAAGGCGGAGUCGGCAACAUCACCCGUCAAAAUGUCUACUCAGAAAACUUUUGAGGUUCCUAAAUUGCGGAUUGGUCGGUUGUUGCCUCCGAAGUUUGAGCCUAUUCCACUCAGAACUCGAUCUUCGAGCAUUAAAGGACCUUCCGUACGUGGACGGAGACGCAGACGUGCGUCUGAUCAAGGAAAGCCUGUCGAGGCUGUUCUCCGUCGUUUGGAUUUGGAUGCCGUCAUUCCGUCAAGGCGACGACCUGCUUCGGUAUCUGCAGCGACGGAGCUGCAACAGACGAGACUAAAACGUGAAGCUUAUGCGGAUAGUGAUGACGAUGAGGAUGACGACGAGGAAGAGCGUCAGUUAGCAGCUGUCAUUGCUCUCUCAGCGGUCGAAGCGCAGCAGCAACCAAAGGCACCAUCAGAGAUGCCAACUGUUAUUUUGGAUGAAGCGCAGAAGCGAGCAAAGGCACCAUCAGAGAUGCAAGCUGUCAUUUUGGAUGAAGCGCAGAAGCAGCCAAAGGCGCCAUCAGAGAUGCAAGCUGUCAUUUUGGAUGAAGCGCAGAAGCAACCAAAGGCACCAUCAGAGAUGCCAACUGUCAUUUUGGAUGAAGCGCCGAAGCAACCAAAGGCACCAUCAGAAAUGCAAACUGUUAUUAUGGAUGAAGCAAAGACAGAUGGUCAUACUGAGCUGAGCGCUAGGAAGGAGAUAGAACAGCCUUCUGACAUUCAGACGUCUGGCGUCCAAUCAGAAGCAUCAGAGCCUGCACUCUCACAAUCCGAUAGUCUUGACGCAAGUCUUGCAGUGUUGCCUCAACCGCUUGAAACUAAAGCUAGCCCAUCGGAAUCUCCUGAACCACCUCGACGACUUCUAGCAAGGAAGUCAGCUGGUCCAACUGUGAAACCCGAGGAGAUAAAUGCAGAAAUUAAGGAUAUCCGGGAACUUCCUGUAUACCAUACAUGCACUGAUACUUAUGGUAUUUUCUACGUAGACCGGUACUACAAGCCCGUGCAUCCGUGUGUUUUGUGUUUGAAAUGUGGGAACACGUUGGCGACAUUUCAGUUUGCCACUCAUUCCCAUUCUAAUGAUCCAAAGCGAUGUCUUACAAAAAAGUGGCGACAUUGUAUUCGAGUGAAGCAUCCGGACAACAACAGUCAUCAAGUGAUGUUUCAACUGUUGAAGGAGAGAUUUGGGCAUAAGAAUCCUAGAGGGAGUGGUAGCAAAAAGACUUCUACUGAUUCGGUACCCAAAGAAGUGAAACGAAAGAAAAGAAAGUCGAGUGACGCAAUCAGUUAUUUACCGUAUCCAUCCAUUGUGGAAACAAGCGAGGAACUAACUCGGUUUCCUCGACGAAUCGGGCAGGCUUACACAGGCGAGUCUGAUGGCCCAAGACCUGUCUCUGGUGAACUUGCUUGCGUCGUUCCUCCCGUAAACGAGUACGAUGGACAGCCGUGGAUUGGACAAGUUCUCCGCUUUACAAACGAAGACGAAACCGAAGCGGAAUUAAAAUGGCUCCGGGGCACCUAUUCUCAACCCUGGUCGUUUGAGAAGAGGCAACGGUUUAUGAUUGGUAAGGUCCCGUUGGACUCCGUGGCUUUUUACGGUUUUACGUUAAGGUCAAACGGACGGCUGUACGCUGAGACUGUCGAGUGUAUUAGACAUGAACUAGAGGAGACUGAAGAGUCUGAUCAAGCAACAGAGAAGUUGUGACUGCUGGGUCAGAGGAGGACUUCAUACCGGCAAACUUACUGACACAUUGUUCAUACAUGAGAUUGCUUUCUGUUUGCAAAUAGGUUGUGUUGGCGUUGUAUAUUGAAGGCUUUCGGCUGUUACAGUGAAGUAAAGAAUUUUGCAGGUUUCUUUGUACCCUAUACAUAUUUGUAUUAAAAAGGGAUCAUGAUGAGGCAUAGA